UGGCGACCUGGCAACAACAAACUUUUAGAACUCAGCGUAUCGAUUAGUGCGCUAAAAGUGCAUUUUAAAUAUCCAUAGAGUCGCCGUUUCAAAUGUAGCAAGAUGUCUGCUGACCGGUGAUAAGUGCUGACUAUGGCUGCCAAGCUGGAACAGUCUCUAGACCAGACGUCCAGUCUGCCACUACUGCGGGAUGGACAGACCAGUCUGGUGGCACCCUCCCAGACCUCCCCAGCCCCCUCUCCUCGUCACAGAGCAGCACAGUGGGCACAGGAGGUUCGUCAAAGGUUAAAAAGUGGAGAUCAACUUGAGGAAGAUGUAAGGAUACUGAAGAAAGAACUGAUCGCUGUCCUCAUCACAGCACUCCAACAGGACAGCCGGUCUGCCUGGGUAUUCCUCCAUGAGGUGUUGUGUUUACUGGAGCCUCUGAAGGAGUCCUUAGAUUAUCCAGAAAUCAAACCAGAGAUUGUUCACUACAUAGAGCGAGUGUUACAACACGUGGCCCUACACAAAGAGAGGCUGUUUGAUCUACAGAUCUCUGAGUCUCUCACCAAAGUCUUCCCAAAGGAGGUGAGUAAAGUGAACCAUUAUGGAUCCAGACCGGCCAACAACUACGGUGUGUCCGUGGUUAAGCUGAGCGCUGUGUCACCUAAAAAGUCUGCCCACACACCUCGCCAGGCCAUGUUACUACCAGACAACACAAACCCGUACAAUCCUGUACUGCCGAGAGAAGAUGAACCCAUAUUGCUUACAAAACCUUUGACCAUUGGUGAUCUGAGGAGCUCUAUUGCUGGAGUAGCAAUGGAAAUGGCUGCAAGAGAGUCUAUAUGGAGCCACCAUUUUGGGACAGUCACCACGGCACUUGCCACAGAUUUCCUUGACCCGCCAGAUGAGAUGAAGAAUGAAGUGCAUGCUUCUGCUGCAAACAGACCAACUACUCGCAGUUCUGUCUCCUCGCUGUCGGGCAGUCAGAAGGACAGCAAGACGCCCCGUAUACAGGAGGAGAAGGUGAUAGAUAUGACGGGCAGGGAAGCUGUAGAAUACUUUGCCAAACUCCACCAUAUUGGCAAAAUACAGUCCAUUUACUUCAACAAGGUGGAGAAUCGUCACUACCGCCCCUACGACCUGCGCUCUGCUCCAAAGAACAAGGCUAACCCUGAACACUAUGUGUUCUCCACAUUCGGUGUCCUACAUGUUUAUCAAGACCAGCCGAGCGAGAGCCUCAGUUUGGCUGAGUGGCAGCGAGAGGCUGUACUGUGGUCAGCUGUGUCAUCCAUCCCUUUCUUCAAACAGUUCCUCAUCAGGAAAAUGUUCUGCAAGUGGCGAUACAACAAAAGAUACCUGGACUUCCUGAGACGACAGGACAACCUCACCGCUAACCUGUUACCUGCUGUACCAGCAUUUGGUGCUGCCUUACUACAGGUCUCCAGACUACUGAAGGAGCUGAUUACUGUGAAAUUCCUGCCAUUUGAUGUUGACAAAACAUAUCAGCUGUCUGAUUUUGAGAAUUAUGUCAACUACAAGAAUAUACAAGCAGAAAAGUUCCUGGAGAAAUUCUUCAGGUACUGUAAGAUGGUGAUGGACGUGACGGCUGAGGAAUCCUUCAAAAAACUGAAAUACUGUGAGGACCAGGUGAAGAAAAAGACGGUGUUCUCAAAGGACUCGCUCCACAUGCAGAGAGUGAAAAAGGAGAACAGGGCAGAAAACCUGCGUAAAGCACGGAGUGAGACAGGGCGCCUGGGUAACUUUGUGAAGCUUGUGGACCAGGUGAUCGUGGAACACAUGUUUUAUAUCUGUAAGAACCAGGUGAUCUCCUUUGUGGAUUCGGUCCUCAAGAUCGGCGACGAGGCGCCCAGGGAGGGAUUCUUUAAAGCCAACCUCAUCCUCACCAAACAAGAUGUGUUAGGGUUGUCCCCACCUUCUGACCGGUUCAUUAAGGUCUUGGCCAGCACAUUGAAGGGGAUCCCCAACGUGCUCACCAGUAAUGCCAUUCCCAUCGACGGGUCAGUACCCCCUGAUCAGGACAUUCUAGGAGACGACACAGAGUCAUCUGCUCCAACUAAAUCUGAUGCAGCCAAGUCUGUGGACAAUGUUAGGAUCGCACCUGAGAGGAGGAAAAGUACAGCAAAAAGUUCUCUGAAGCAAGACAGUCACUGUAACCUUGGUGACCGAGAUAAAGCAAUGUCAUCCCAGGCAACGCCAGCAGGGGAGACAACUGCAGGGGAGACAACCACAGGAGAGGCAACCGAUGUUGAGUCUCAAGUAGGCAUGUCCAAGUCAGUUCUUGGGGAUGAUGGGGUACCAUUACCUGACCUCCCCCGUCAGGAGACAAUGACCAAAGAAGAAGAUAUAAUGGGGGUCGCGACACCUGACCUUGUGAAUCGGGCUGACGAAGGACGACUGGUGGUGAUGGGGGAGGGGUUUAUGGGGCAGUACGACCCACUGUCUAAGGCCAACCUAGAGGAUAAGCUGGACAAGGAUACGGAGUACCAGCUGGCCCUUGAGGACCACAGUAAGAUCAUUUGUGCGGGCCUAGAGGAGAUAGAUCAGUACUGUGAGAGGGCCUCAUGGAUCAAUCCCAUACACCUCUUCUGUAAGAAAUGGAACGACAAGUCACUGAAAGAAUUCAAAGGGAUGGCUGCCUACACUAUAGAGCAAAGGCUGACAGAGCUACGGCAAUGGUCUGAAAGAAUCCGAAACUUUGACAAGAGUUUCUCCACGGAGAACAACCUGUUCUACAUCGACUGUAUGGCCAUUCAUGAAGUGCUUCUCCCUCGACUCAAUGACAUCUACCAGGAGGUGGUGACCUUUGUAGCCGAGGAAGCUAAGAUGUUGGCCACUAGUUUCUGUGAGGAGAUGGAGGAGGUCCUACAGAACAUGAAGGACAAACGAGCUUCUGUGGAUGCAUUUGCCAGAUUUGCCAAGAACUUCACCAUUUACAAGAAGAAUGCUCCCCAGUACCAACAAAGAAUGGAGUACAUCAAAUCUUUGUUUGAGGUAAUAAGAAUGGGAUAUCGCCAGCUGACUCCGGAAGAAGAGAAGAACGAGGAGAAUGUUUCUGCCGCGGGAGAGGCAUUCAUGCUCCAAAUGCAAGACGCUUCAGAGUUUGUAAACACCCAGACACCACUGAUGACCAAACUACUGGAGGAUACAUUCCAGAGACUGGAGAAGCAGGUCCUGGAGCUGUCGGAGAAAGCCACUAACGGGAAGUUCCUGGACACAAAACAGGACCCUACGGCCAUUCUCCAGGAGAUGAGAGGGAUCCGAGACGAGUUCUUCGACGUGUUGUCACGACUACGACAGGCGAGUCGGUGGCGUGAGGCAAUUUGUGGGGAGGCCUACAACCUUGACUUCCUAGAGGACCUCACAACAAAGAUGAACGUACGACAGGAAGUGUGGAAGUAUGUGGAGGUCACACGCCACUCUAUUGACGACUGGAAAGCCACGCCCUUCAGGAAGAUGAACAUUAAGAAGGCAUUGGAGAAGCUGUUUGAGUGGCAGUCAGCAGCUGCCCAGCUCAAACCCUACCUACCACAUGGUGACCAGGUGUUAGGGGCGUGGUUCCAGUCCAUGUCAGAGUUCAAGAAAAAUCUACCUGUUCUUCACAAGCUGGCUAACGAGGCUCUCAAGGAGCGUCACUGGAAGGCCAUCUUUGUCGGUAUGAACGAGACUUAUGAUGGGAUGAAGCAGUACACUGUUGCUGACCUUCUAGCGUAUGACCUUGAGGAGCAUGCCCAGCUCAUUCACACGAUCUAUCUUGGUGCAAUCGAGGAGUUUGACCUCGAGGUCAAAAUCACACAAAUCAGCAAGAUGUGGGAGGAGAGAGAAUUUAAACUGGCAAAACACAUUCCUGACAGUGUCCUCAGUAGUAAAGAUCAGAAAAAGGAGAUAGAGGAUACCGCUGACAUGGAUAUGCCCAAGAAACCAAGUAGCCCACGACGCCGCACCAAACUGGAGAAAUACCGCCAGGAGCGAGCAGCGGCACAAGUGGGCGAGCCCCAGGGCCUCAACGUACGAGACGAUGAUUUCUUUAUUCUCAUCGAGGUUGACGACCUGAAGUACCAACUACAGCAUUCCCGUAUCUCCAUCAAGUCAAUGAUGCAGUCACCUUACCUAGGUGACAUGAGCCUGCAGGUGGAAUACUGGCACACAGCACUACAGCAGGUGGAGGAGAUCACAGACCUCUGGUACACCUGUCAGAAAAAGUGGCUUUACCUGCUGAAGAUCUUUGAGAGGGCAGACCUGUACAAGAAGUUCAACGCUGUCAGUCACAAGUUUGAGGCCAUCCAUGGAAAAUUCAAGGACUGGAUGCGAGUGGUGUCUAACGACUCUAAGAUCCUGACGGUGGUUCACAGGAAGAGAGGAGAGAAAGGGUACCGCCUGUUACAGGGAGACAACCUACGCGCUUUAUUCCUCCAACUUAUUGAGAGCCAGGAGGAAAUUCUCAAACACCUUGAGGUGGUAUUGGAGACGUCCAGGAUGGAGUUCCCCCGUCUCUACUUCCUCAGUAACGAUGAACUCAUUGACCUACUCGGAAUCUCCAGGAAUCCAAAGAUGAUGCUACCAACUGCUAAGAAGUGUUUCCAAGGUGUGGAGUCGCUGACCUUUGCCCUCCCUCCAGGAACCUCCAGUAUCAGUACCGAGCUGGACUUUGCUCUCAAUGCGGACAAGUUGGAGGUGACAACAAUGCACGGUGACCUCGGGGAGGAGGUGCCACUCUACACCCGCGUACAAGCCUUCUCUAAGGCAACACGCUGGUUCAAGAGUCUUGAGGCCAUCAUGAAAAACACCAUGGCGCUCAUGCUACAGAAAUGUAUCCAGGCUCGCAUGGAUGAAGGCUCCCGACAGCCUAUUCAGCUCCUGGAGGAGAUCUCCCGCCUGACAGAGAGGCGCAGCUCAGAGGAGGAGCGAAUCACAGGAGACAUUAAACACACGUUCCGACAUUGGUUGCUACGUUUCCCCGUCCAGUGUGUGCUAGUCGCAGAGUCCCUCAUGUGGGCACGUGCUGUCAACCGUGCUCUGGAGAGUGGGUCACCUGACGAACUUGACAGUCUACGAUCCAGUAUGAACUCCAAGUAUGAGCAGUAUGUGGAUCUGAUACGGGAGAGCUACUCGUUCAACGGCUCCCUGCCAGCUUGUACCAAACAGAGGCUUCACCGACUUCUGUGUAACCUAAUCAGUCAGACCAUCCACCAGCGUGACGUCCUUAACUUUGUGCUGUCGUCAGGUCUGGUGGGGCCUGGGAACUUUGAAUGGUUGAGGGAGCUACAUUACCACAUUGACAUACAAACAGUACUACGGGCCAAGAGGGAGGAGUUAGAGAUCCAGCCAGCACCGCCCUCCAGUCAGACUCCUGUCAGUCAGCGGAAGGCAGGUCGAGGCAGGCGUACAUCUAAGGCUCUGGCCACUAAGGUCCAUGUGGAAACCACAAUAGAAGAACCGCCCAAGUUGACGCGGACCAAGACCGUGGUGUCAACAGACUACCAGUUUGGACUGUGUUGUGUACAACAGCUUGGUAACACAUUCCACUAUGAUUAUGAGUACCAGGGACCAGCGGCCCGCCUUGUCCUCACCCCUCUCACACACCGCGCCUUCCUCUCUCUCACACAGUCUCUCCGUAACUUUCAUGCUGGCACACUCGUUGGGCCGCCAGGCACUGGCAAAUCUGAAACCAUCAAGGAACUAUCCAAGAUAUUUGGGUGUGCCAUGUUGACCGUCAACUGUAAUGAGGAGAUGACCAUAGGGAUCAUCACACAGAUCAUGUUGGGUACUGUCCAGUCUGGCUGCUGGACGUUAUUUGAUGACACUGACCGUCUCACAAAAGGACUAAUGUCGGUGGCAGCCCAGCACCUGGACUACCUGAGGACGGCCCUCCGUACACUUCAACAGUCUAGUGAGAACCAGUACAAAAUCAGGGGACAAGCUCGAAUGGACAAGGGCCGUUUUCUGUUGAAAACUGGUGUUGGAGACAAGGUGAUUCGACGCAACUCCCUCACAACACUCCAUCCUCUGCCGUCAGACGUUGGUACUGCAGGUCUACAGCGACAGAACACUGUGCCACACGGAUUCAAUGAGAAAGGUCUGGUGACCUACUUUGAGGACACCUGGGUUGCAGAGAAGGACUUACGUCGGCGCCGUCACUCAAUAGAAAAAGAAAUAGAUAUACAGGAGUCAGAUCUGUAUAAGACCAAUCGUCCUCCACCACUUUUCUAUGAAUACGUCCGAUCACGCAUCAAGAAUUCAAAGCCAACCCCUGAUGACUACAGUCGACUUAACUCGGAGAAUGUGUAUACACAUCGUUACCUUGGCAACAUCAUGUUCAGUGGGAAGCUUGUCCAUGCUAGUGCUAACUUCGGCUGCUUCAUGACGCUAAAUACACAACGGGCUACCACUGCUGACAUGCCAGAGGUGUACAGAUUGCUGAUGAGACCGUGCGCCAUGAUCAUCCCCGACAAACAACAGAUCGCUGAGGUCCUGCUGUGUAACCAUGGAUUCAGGGAGACCAAACACUGGGCCAGGAAACUUGAUCAACUUCUGAGAAUGCUCAAAAUUCAGCUCCCACGGAAGAAUCACUACCAGUUUGGAGUGAAGGAUUUGAAAACCGUCCUGACCUCUGCAUCCAGUGUUCUACACAACACAGUUUUCUGUCGGCAUUUUUCAGCACUCUCAGAAGCAAACUCGCCGCGAUCAGUAUCCAGCACCUCCCCUACAUCCCCGAAGAGCCCUGACCUACAAUCACCUAGGAGUCCUGGCAUUUCCAGCCCCUCCCCUCGAGUAAAAUCAAACCCUGUUCCCCAGACCGCCUCUGAACGCCACGCCCUAGAGGAACACUGUCUGGUACAUGCGCUGCGGUACAUCUUACUGCCUGCCCUAGAGACAGAUGAGGAUCGUGAUAUGUUUUCAAGCAAUCUCCGUAAUGUUUUCCCAGCCAGCACCAACAUUACCGACAGUACUAUGGCCUUUAAUACCCUGAUGAAGAGAACUGUCCAAGACCAGCUCAAGGAGGACAGCCUGGCAGAGUCAGAGCCUCUCCUCCACAAGAUCCUACAGUUAAACACAGCCCUCCAGAUGAAGAAGAGUGUGAUACUGUGUGGGCCGGCCGGCAGUGGUAAGACAACAUGUUGUACAACACUGGGCAGAGCCUACAACAGACUUAAUUAUCUCUUGUUCGCCCCGGACCAUUCCAAGGAUGAGCUCAACACAGACUUUGUCAUACAGGGCAAGCAGAAAAAGAAACUACGGGAUGAGCAGGAGGAGGACCCCGGUGAACUAGCAGACAAUGAAGGAGAGGACGAGGAGGAGAUCCUGGAAGAAAUGGAGAAACAAAUUCCAGAAAAGAAAACUACCAAGAAACUGCGUAGAAUGUCGAGGCUCCUGGGAAAGGUGUCUGACGCCAUGCAAGAGUUACAGGCACCACGUCCAAAGGAUCACGCUGAACACCCAAAAGUAGACAUCAUACGUCUGUCCCCUACAGCCUUCCCACCCAGCCAGCUCCUUGGAUACUUUAAAGAGGGAAUGUGGAAUGGAGGACUGUUCCCUAAGUUGCUUGCGGAUAGCAGUUUCCUAUCAGAUGCUGUCAAGUCCUACAUCACCUCGAUCAAGGAUCGUAAGAACAAGGGACAACAGGAGAUUCCAUCAGUCCUGUUGCGCUGGAUCGUCCUGGAUGGCGUGAUGCACCCCAUCUGGGCUGACAGCCUCAACACACUGUUUGAUGAGGAAAAGAAGCUAUCUACUCCCAACAGUGGGGGCAUCCACCUCCAAGACACUACAGCCUUGAUGUUUGAGACGAGUGACCUGACAGAGGCGUCUCCUGCGACAGUCUCCCGCUGUUCCAUCCUCCACUUCAGUCAGGACACCGUCCAGUGGAAGUCUUUGUUUGACCGCUGGUUAAAGAUGGCCAAGAGUCGCUGGGUCAUCACUUCCACUAUGGUGAAGGUAUGGGAGGAUUUGGUGCGGGACGUGUUCGGCCCUACGCUCCGUUUCCUGAGACAGGAGUGCUGCCCCGCUCUGCUGACAGAUGUAGGACACGAUGCUGCCCAGACUAACCAGGUGGCCCCUGGAAUACAGGAGAUCAGUACCUUCCUCCGAUACAUGACUGCUCUUCUGGACAAGGGCUUCCUCCGCGAGGAGCUGGAGCAGCGCGAGAAACAGGCAGAGAUGGAAGAGGCGGGUAGGAAGUCUCCGACUAGCAGUAUUGUGACAGCUUCCCAACACACUACGAGCCGUCUGACAGGGAGCUCACACAUUGAACAACUCAUUCCCAACUACCUGGAGAUACUCAAGGGUGUAUUUGCCUUCUCCUACAUCUGGGGAUUCGGGGGCCACAUACACGAAAGAUUUAAAGACAAGUUCAGUAAGUUUUCCCAUGAUGCCCUGUACCGGACCUCCCACCCAAUACGAAUCCCUAUAAUGGGCUCUGUAUACGACUACUGUCUGGAGGAACAGACGGGGACCUUCAUACGCUGGAGUGAUAAACAGCAGGAACGCAUGAAGAUCAUGGCAGGUGGCUUUACCCUGACAACAGAGGUUGAGAAGUAUACCUACCACAUGGACCUUUUACUGGGGGCUCACCAACCAGUCCUCCUUGUAGGCAACCCAGGUGUGGGCAAAUCUACACUCAUACAGAACAUGGUCCUAGCUAAGCACAGUUCCACCAGUAUCAUCAUGUCACGCAGUAUGUCAUCGGAGCUGUUCCAGCAUACGAUGGUCGCUCAGAUCCUUGAGCUCAAACACAAGGCAUCCAACGUACUGUCAGGCCCGGGUGGGACCAGCUCUCCCCCGAAGUCACAGCAGUACCACCUCUUCUUCAUUGAUGACCUCAGCCAUGCCCAGUGUUAUGAAAACUACCAGCCACCAUUAGAGUUACUGAAACAGGUGCUAUCGGAGGGGGGUACAUAUGACCAACAACGACAGGAGUUCCAAGGCAUGGAGGAAGCGCUGUUCCUGGCAGCCACCACACUCCCCUGUGUACCAGGUUCAGGAAUGGGCAAGGCUUGCCAUGUGAUGUCAUCCCGUCUGACUCGGCUGUUCGUGACGCUGACCUUGUUCACCCCACCACUGGAUGGCUUGCUCAGUAUGUACGGCCGCAGUCUACAGAACUGGCUGGAGGAGUUCCCCACUUACUCUGUUGAACACCACUUUGAGUUUGCCCGGGCGAUGACCAUGGCCCUGCUGGAGAUGUAUCAUCGUAUCAGAGAGAAGUUUCACGCCACUCCGGCCAAUGCCCACUACAUCUUCACACUACAUGAUAUUUCACGUGUCGUCCACGGAAUACUCCUCAUGUCCCCAAGGUCAAGGACACGUAAGAUGAUGAGGCGGAAAAAGGAUGGCCGUUCAGAAUCUCGUGGUAGCCGUAGUAACCAGGUGUCACGCCAGACUUCAUGGGAGUCUCGUUCUCGCUCCGUCAAUAUGGCUAGUGGUGCCCAGCCACAGGAAACAGCUGCGCCCAUGAUGAAGGUCAUCGCCCAGCUCUGGUGUCAUGAGUGUACGCGUACAUUCGCUGACCGCCUAGUAAACGAGGACGAUUCUAAUUGGUUUUCACGGAUUUUGGAGGACACUGUAAUGAAAUACUUCUGUAUGGCCCGGGAUGAUCCCAAGACUGAAAUGGCAGCCAUUUCUGAAGAAACUGUCUCUCAAACGGGACGUGUAACACCACAGACAACAUCGCCCUUCCCUGCUUCACCAGUGGAGGAAGAUGAGGAAGAGGAGGAGACGAGGGAGGUGAGACUGGAGAACCUGCCUAAGCUGGAGGAGGUGAAGGAGGAUGAGGAGGAGGAAGAGGAUGUCAAGUCUCAGUCCCAGACACUGACCUUCUCCGUGUCCCAGUCCCAGACACAGAGUGAUGACCUAGCCGACACGACACCAGUCACCUGUAAAACAGCAGAUUUCGGGGAAACAAUGGCAUCAGCUCGUACAGAACCACGUGGGGAAAGUGAGUCAGAUGACUACGAGACAGAAUGUUCCGAGGAAACAGAAGAAAGUAGUGACACAGAAACCACAGAGACCGAGACGGAUACCUACGAUACACCCAGAGAUGUUGACCCUAAGCAGCUUGCUCCGGGGGCCUCCACUCGUCGUAGCAGUCGGGAGUCGUCAGGCAUGACAGACUCCAGCACACGUAGCACGGACACCAGUGUAGGUCGGGAAACACCUCGACUUGUCCACAAGGCCUCAUCAGAAUCAGGUCGUUCAAGCAGAGGGAGCCAGGGUGGGACUGUCGGAGGGAAGGUGUCCACCACGCCCAGUCUGAAAACUCAGGGGCGAUCCGGCCAUGGCAGUCUAAAGAUGAAGACGGUGACGUUUAAGGCAGGCCUGCUGGCAGACUGGGAACACGAGGCUUACUUUGGUCCACUGAUGACUAUGGAAGAGAUCCGAGCUCCAAACGAUUCUCUCACAGACUUCAUCUUCUCCAAAUUCUUCCUGACUACCCACACAGAGACACAGGGGAUCCAGGUGGAGAAAGGCUAUGUGGAUAGCCAGGAGGACGUACUCGGAGACGCUCUUGCCACAUGUCUUAACGUCUACAAUGCAGGGACGUCACAACGCCUGGAACUUGUGUUUUUCAGUGAGGCUCUACGACACGCUGCGAGACUGAGUCGUGUACUGGCAAUCCCAGGAGGCCAUGCUCUGCUGCUGGGGAUGACAUACUCUACGGGGCGAGCGACUCUGGUCCGCUUAGCCUCCUAUAUCGCUCACUGUAAGAAAGCUCCUGGUAGCUGCUGCAGACGUAAAUGUCGUGGGUUGUUUGAGCCGAAGCCCCAGACUGAUGUUAGAAGGAACCACCAGAUCGUACGGGAACACAUCAAACGGGCAUGUCAUCACACAGGCAUUCUGGGUAAACCCACAGUGCUGCUCAUACAUGAGGACCUGGGUAUGGAGUGUCUCGCAGACAUCUGCUGUCUCAUGGCCGAGGGCGCAAGUCAAGGCACCAGCCCUGGUCUGUAUACCGAUGACGAGGUCCAGGCCAUUGUGUCACAGAUGAUGCCUGGCGGAGUCCAGACCAAGCGGGUGGACAAGAUAGAACAGGCAUUCGAACGUUAUCUGAAAAAAAUCAGACAAAAUCUGCACAUCAUCGUUUGUCUGAACUACAGAGGCAACAGUUAUUCCAGUGAUGUACGGAACCUCCAUGAUAAGUUGAACAUCUACCCGAACCUGCUUAAGUACGCCUCGUCUGUCGACAUGUACCACCCCUGGACCUAUGAGGCCUAUGUCAGGAUUGCUGAGGUCUGGCUCCAAGAUCAGAGGUCAAAGAUUGCCAUUCCAUGGCACCCGACACGGAUGCUGGACCAGAUGAGCAUGACAAGCCAGGCCAUGGCCUAUAUGCACCUUUCCGCCAAAAACAUCAUAGAGCGCCAGUUCUGUCACCAGAGGGAGCCACUUAGGUUCUACUCACCUUUGACCUUCAUGGAGUUUGUGCAUCUGUUCAGGGUCAUAUCUGCCUUCAUUGUAAAGAAGGAGCGGGAGAACAUAGGCAAGCAUGAACAGGCUUUGUCGAAGGUGAAUGAAGCAUUUGGGAGCAUCAACCAGUUUAAGAAGCAGGUGUCGGCCCUGACACCCCAACACAAGGCAGCCAUGGAGGAGAUCAAGGCACUGGUGGAGCAGGUGGAGGAACACCGUGAGCAGUACAUCGAGUCCCUGGACAAAUGUAAAGCACAGGAACAUAAGAUAGAAGAGCUACAGACACCACUGGAAGAUCUACGACGAGAGGCACAGACAGAGUUUGACAAGGUGAACCCUAACUACCAAGCGGCCCUAACAGCCCUUAGUGUACUACACAAGAAGGACCUAGAGGAAGUGAGGUCAUACCGCGAUCCCCCCCAGAUUGUCCAGUUUGUCAUGAAGGCCCUGUGUCUACUCUUCAAUGUCCCUCAGGACUGGGAAAAUGCUAAGCUGCUCCUCAUAAAGGAAAAUGUUGUUGAGGACAUGAUGUUUUAUGAUAAGGAUAACAUCCCCAACGACAUCUUUGAGCAACUCGGGGACAUGAUCCAGCACCCGCUGUUUGAGCCCGCCCUCAUCAGACGUGUAAGCUGUGCUGCCGCAGGUGUGUGUGGCUGGGUACAGGCUGUGUACCAGUACGCACACAUCCACCGCAACAUGCAGCCUCGCCUGAAAAACUUACUGGAGCAUGAGGAGAAAUUUACUCAGGCUCAAGCCAAGUUAGGACAGAUGAGAGUGGAAGCUAACCGCAUUAAAAGUUCAUUGGAAACUAAAAUUGUUGACCACAAAGCAGCUGUUAAACGGGCGAAAACCAUAGAGAAACACAUGCAGAGUAUAGAGAAGAUGAUCGCGCGGGCGUGUAACCUGAUGGAGAACAUGUCCAUGCAGCACUACCUUUGGAAGUCAGAACUCAAGAAAGCCAAGACCCACGUCCUGACCGCGCCUGGUGAUGCACUUGUCACCGCGGCAGCCGUGUUGUACCAUGGACCCCUGGAGGACAAGUUCCGUGCUGACUUACUCCAGGACUGGCUUGACCGCUGUCGUCAGGGUAAUUUCACCCUGAACCAACACAUGGGACAGGAGAGGUAUCCACUCAGCAGUAUCCUGGAGGGUCUGGAACAGAAGGAUGCCCCCAGUGACAGUUCCCAGGCCGGCGACUCGAGUGUUCACAGUGACAGUGCCACAUCUAUACCAAGUCUGCCGGAGAUCCGUAUCUACCGGUAUCCCCCAGCUGUGUAUGACACCCGCAAGUAUUAUAAGUCUGAGCUGAAGAAGCGGGGCAGCAUCGAGUAUGACGGCACACUCAACAUCGAGGGCGAGGGAGAGGAUUCCGACGAUGAGGAUGACCAGAGUAUUCUCCUCAACAGGACGGGCUACAUCCUCCAGGAGAUCCUGUCGGACUUCGACGAGCUGAGUAAGUGGCGCCUUGACAACCUACCAACAGAUCUACACUCCAUACAGAACGCCCUCCUCAUGCGGGUCAGCUGUCACAACCGUAAACACUGCUGGCCACUCCUUAUUGACCCCGAUAAUCGGGCAGAGAUGUGGGUCCGAACUCUGCAGACAAGUCGUAAUAUCUUCUCAGAAAAGGACCUCCGGGCCAGUACACCAGAUGAUGUGGACGGUAUACCACUAGAGUCAAGCAGGGACAAAGAGAGUACAUCUGACCCACUUCCCCCGAGUCGUGGCACCAUACUAACAUUCUCAGAUAUGUACUCAGAGGGCCAGACCACUGAUGGCCACACAACAGACCGCACUGCGUACACAUCAACCAGUGCUGCCACCAUGACGACCGACUACACUAAGAGUGGUGGACGUCAUUCCCGACAGACCUGGAACAGCGAGGACCUGCGGCCGGUCACCUCGGUAACCAACAGUUGGGAGACCACCAGUCUCCGAGCCGACCAGAAUGUCGACCACCCAGAGCAUAAUCUGUGGAUUGUAGAGGCAGACGACCCCAGUCUGGACAGCAAACUCAUCAACGCUAUUGUCCAUGGUAUCACAGUACUCGUGACACACCUGGAGAGGAAACCCCUCGACCCGCUGUUCCGGGGACUACUGCUGAAACAGUUCUUUGUAGAUAAGGAGGGACACAAGAUCAUCAAAGUGGGCAGCUACGAGUUCCGCUACCACCCCAACUUCUGUCUCUACCUAAGUACAUCUGUACCACUCUUCCUCAAAGGUGACGGCCUGUACAGUGUACCAAUACACAGGAUGUGUAUCAUCAACCUAGCAAUGAGUGACGAGGCCAUCAUCAACUUACUGCUCAUUGAGACGAUGAAGAUUGAACGCAAAGAAUUUGAGGGACAGAAACGCUCCAAUGAGAAUGACAUUAUCCUCCAUCGUCAGAGACUUUUCCAGGAACAUGAGCUGAUUCGGGAGAAGACCCUCAACCUGGAUGUGCCCAUCCUAGAAGACAAGACAAUGCUGGAGUCACUGGUUGCAUGUCAAAAGGAGGUCGAGCGUAACCGCCUCAUUCUGGAAGAGACACGCUACAUGGGCGAGAACCUAGAGGAGAAAUUUGCCGAUUACAUGGGGAUGAUCAUGAACUCAUCUGUGGUGUACAAUACAAUCAAACGAAUGGCCGUCCUCCACCAUCAUUAUUAUCUCCCCUUCUACAAGUUCAUGGACAUCUUCACAAGUGUGCUGAAGAUAUGCUACCGGGGCAAAGGCAGUAUUGGUGCCCCUGAAGCAAGGGCCCAAGAGCUGUCCAAUGCCAUGUCCUCUGCCAUCUACAAACAGGUCUCCCUCAUGAUGUUUGAGUUACAUUUCUCCCUCUUCCAACUCCUUGUUGCUAUGGAGAGCAUGCGACUGACACGUAAAACUUCAACAAAGGAACUGAGUCUUUUCAUCAAUGGCUUCGAGAAAACUGGACUUGAUGAGUCCACACUUCUGGAAAAUAAACCUCAAUGGAUGACCAACCAGGCCUGGGUGGACUGUCUGGUGAUAGAACAGCUCCAUCAUCCGUUCCACGGACUCCGGCGCUCACUCCAACAGACCAGUUCUCAAUGGCAGGAGUACUUCCAGCACCCUGUGGCCUUGAUGAACCCUGUACCUGGCUCCACAUUACAAGACCUCAGCGUCUUCCAAAAGUGUAUUCUCUGGAAAAUCAUCUGUCCCCAUCGGCUUGCUGAGAUUGCCUCAGCUUUAACCCUGUAUGAGCUCGGAAGUCUGAGGAAGGUGCCUGACCACUACAAUAUCCGGGAGGUGUACAACUACAUCGACAACACCACCCCGGCCAUCCUCGUUCUACCCAACUCUCAGAACGAGCAAACUAUGUCUGAGGGCACAAAGGGUAACACCUAUGUAACACCUGCCCACGAGAUCAAGCGACUCGCCAAGGAGGUCGGCAUGGAUGGCAAGGUGAAGGUCAUGAACUUUGGGGUGAUAGGUCAGACGUCUGAAGCACGCCAUGCCCUGGAGGAGUGUAUACAGAAUGGCUACUGGCUUCUCCUACAGAACUACCACCUGUCUGAGGAGCCUGCCCGCCCCUUCUUCGCCCUCCUCAAGGACAUUGUGUACAGUAAGUGGAUUCAACACGAACGUCGGAGACAACACACAGAAGUAGUAGACAACACUGCUAACCUUGUCGUGUACGCCAAACCAAACAUCAACACCGAUAAUGAUCUGGUCAUUCACGACACAUUCCGCCUCUGGAUCACGACCAAGGCUGAUGCUGGGCGACAAAUCCCAGGAGUCCUGGUUCAGCAUGGGUUCAAGGUCACUUGUGAGCAGACUGGGAACUUCAAGGCCACCCUCCAAAAGUCGUACCGCUCCACAGCUUUCCUUAUGACAGACUUCCUCACUGACACUCAACAGGAAAAGAAGUCUAGCUACAUCAUGCCUCUCGCCCUGCUACAUUCCCUACUGCUACAACAGAGUUUUUACGGCCGAAAUGCGUUCCGUGGCGAGAACUUUUGGACACUGACUGACCUUGCUCUGGCAGUGGACAUGUUCAAGAAAGUGAUGAAAGGCAGCCACAGUCCAGAAGGGGUGAAGGAGCUUGUUUCUAAAGUCUACUUUGACCACUGCACGGACCAGACUGAUGCCGAGGUGGUCAGGUCUUUGGUCAGUUCUCUGGCCGAAUAUGCAACCAACCCAGAUAAAACGCCUCCCCGCGAGCGGUCCAACAUUGUGAACCUGCUGGAUAAGUUACUCAAGUCCAAAGACAACUUCCAGCUGCGGCGAGCAGUCGACUCCCUGGAGGAACUCUCCGCUAAAAGUUAUGGGUUACCAGAGUCGGCUGAUACCAAUGUUACCUCUGUUACCAGCAGGGUGUUGGUGAAGGACUUGAUCCAGGUGACGGGAGCUCCGGAGCUGUUCCAGAAGGUGACAACCAGUACACCCCCUAUGGGUUGGUAUGCUGAGGCAGUGUUCCCUCGCAUUGUAGCUGGCCUCCAGGCGUGCCCAACUCUACCUGACACCAACAGAAACCAGGUGCUACCAUUGGACACAUUCCUUCACGGGGAGGUGGAGUGUUACCGUGGCCUUCUAACCACUAUCCAGGCCGACCUUGCCCUUCUCCAGCGCCGCGCCCGUGGUGAGAUCCUCCUCGGCAAGCCCUUCCAGGAUGUCAUAUCGGCCCUAAGUAGUGACCUUGUGCCAGACACCUGGUUGGCUCAGACGUUCCCGUCAGCAUCCAGUCUGACAGAGUGGAUUAGCUGCCUGCCCACAAAGAUUGAGACACUUCUAUCUUACCUCAGACAAUCACCUCAUAUCCCCACCUACAACCUGUCAGCAUUCAUGCGUCCUGACCGCUUCCUUGAAGCUGUCAAACAGACACAUGCUCGCAAAAACUUCAAGGAUGUUAACUCCAUAGAGUUUGAUGUUCAGGUGAUGCCUGCUGGAAUGAAUCCAUCAACGUCCCCACGAGAUGGCAUAUUCCUGACUGGUUUAACAUUGUAUAACGCUCUGUGGGACACAUCACGGGGCACGCUCAUGUCUAACAACACUGACUGUCAGCCAUGGCAGGAGAUGCCAGUCCUCUGGCUCAAACCUUCCGACACUGGGUCCCGUCUCGCUGAUAAGUACCACCUGUAUCAGUGUCCUUUAUUCUGUACCCAAGAGUCGAGUCAGCAGGGAGACCCCAACCUGGUCACGUGUCUACCCCUUCCCACACUCGACCCUCCUAGUGCCUGGUAUCAGGCUCGAGUCUUCCUCGUCAGCGGGGUCUGAACAAACAGCUACCACAGGAAUACCAUCAAAAACAAUCACAGAAACUCCUGUGAUCAAUAACAAGUGUUUAAAAUCAUCACAAACAUAUUUAACUUAUAACAGUAUUAUGUAUUCACCAAUGGUACUCUAAACAAAACUAAGGCAUCUAAGAUAUACUGCUGAUGUAGUUUUGCCAGAAUUCCAUUUAUUUACAGUACACGGGACCAAUCUUACUGGCAACAGGAACUGGUGCAAAUGUGACAUAUAUAAAGUGGGACUGCUGAGAAAUCAUUACAAGUUGUACAGGAUUUUACUGUACAGACUGUGAUUUGUACAAUUAUUCCCUCAACAGACUGUGAUCUGUACAAUUAUUCCCUCAACAGACUGUGAUAUUGUUGUGUUUUAUCUUAAAGAGUUUUUAUAAUAUAUAUAUAUAAAAAUAGUUGUAAAUAUGGAUUUUUAUUAUAAGAUACUUUGUGUGAAUCUGUUUACUCUCACUGCUGGAUACUUUGAGAGUGAAUCCGUCCUUAGUCCUUACUCGUACUGCUAGGUACUUGGGUGAGUGUGGAUUUCUUUACCAUUGGUGACCACUGCUGAGUAAUCCGUCUGUAUUCUCACUGCUGAGUUAUAGUAUGUUAUAAUCCGUCUGUAUCCUUACUGCUGAACACUUUGUAGAGUACGUCCAGAUCUCACUGCUGAGUAAUACCGUUACUGCUGAGCAAUGUUUUAGCACUGUUGUUUUAUUUGUACAUACAUUAUUAGGGAUAACCUUUCCUUUGUUGUUACAACUGUCUUGUUCAUAGAUAAGUAAAUUAUUAUGGAUUGCCUUUCACCAUUCUCUGGGUGUAUACUGCCGUCUUGUCUGUAGUUAUAUUAUCUCACAUCUCGAUACAAAAUUACUGCUGUCCCUCCAGUGUAAAGAAACAAGAUUACUGCUGUCCAUCCAGUGUAAAGAAACAAGAUUACUGCUGUCCAUCCAGUGUAAAGAAACAAGAUUACUGCUAAGUAGACUAACGUAAGAAAACAUAACUUCACAGAUAAUAUGCACAGGAUGCAUAACAUGUCCUAGGGAACUAAAAAUAAAACUGAUUUCCAGUGUUAUACAUUAACAAGUAAGAUAUUUUUUGCUGUCAUGUUUCCAUACAUUGCAAUUAUUAUAUAAAGAAAUUAUAUAUAUUUAUCCAAAUUUAAAUAGCAGUAUUUUGCACAUCCUCUACAGAAAUUUUCCCACAAAGCAAUAUCAUCCAGUAUUAACUGUAUUUAUUUGUUAUCACACAUGAGAAAGGUUGAUAUAUUUGAUAUGAAGUGCUUAUUCAUCAUUGGGAUAGGUAUUCAUAUCUGUGCCAAAACCAGUUUAGUUACUUAUAUUGUACACAUGUAAGUUGCCUGUGUGCAAAUUAUUACAUGUGAUUCUCAAGUCAAAAAUAAAUUUGAAG